AUGGCCAUGGCGGCGCACGCGAGACGGCUGGCGGCCUCGCGCGACGACCCGUCGGCCGCCCCGACGUCGGGGAGGUCUCAGUUCGACCUCUCGUCGGGGGCGGCCACCGCCGUGGUGUUCCUCUCCAUCGUGCUCUGCUUCAUCCUGCUCUGCACCUACUGCCGCUGCGCUCGGCAGCGCGCCAUGGCGGCCGCGCGCGGCGGCCGUGCCAUGCGCCACGGCUUCCCGAGCGCCCUCCUCCGCCCAGCCGACGGCGCGGCGCUCCCCGUGGUGCGCUACGCCGACGCCGGCGCCGGCGCCAAGAAGGGGCAGCAGCCCGAGGGGGACUGCCCCGUCUGCCUCGAGGCCUUCGGCGACGACGACGGCGUCAAGGUCGUCCCGGCGUGCGGCCACGUCUUCCACGCCCCCUGCAUCGACCGGUGGCUCGACGUGCGCAACUCAUGCCCCGUCUGCCGGUGCGUCGUGGUCUGCCACUACGCCGGCCGCGCAGGCCCUGGUGCCGGCGACGACGGUGACGACCAGGAGAUCGUGCUGGAGCGCGUGGUCGCCAUGAUCGAAGCGAUAAGAGAAGAGGAGGCCGCGGCGAGGCGCGCGCCGGCGACCGCGAGGGCCCGGGGGUGA